CGGCGCAGGCUCAGCGGUGGACGCUAGCGGGGCCGGGCCGGGCGCGAUGGCGGAGCCAGCGGACAAGCUGUACCGAGCCGAGUACGCCAAGAGCGGGCGGGCCUCGUGCAAGAAAUGCGGAGAGAGCAUCGCCAAGGACUCGCUGCGCCUGGCCAUCAUGGUGCAGUCACCCAUGUUUGAUGGCAAAGUCCCUCACUGGCAUCAUUACACUUGCUUUUGGAAGCGGGCUCGGAUCACGUCUCAUGCGGAUAUUGAUGGCUUCCCUGAGCUGCGAUGGGAAGAUCAGGAGAAAAUAAAAAAAACCAUUGAAGCGGGGGGACCUGCCACAGGUAAAGGUGGUGACCAGGAAGGAGGUGGCAAGGCUGAUAAAAGCUUACAUGACUUUGCAGUAGAAUAUGCCAAGUCUAACAGAAGUACCUGCAAAGGCUGUGAACUGAAAAUAGAAAAGAGUCAGAUCAGAAUUUCUAAGAAGAUGGUGCAUCCGGAAAAGCCCCAGCUGGGAAUGAUAGAUAACUGGUACCAUCCAGACUGCUUUGUGAGCCGCCGAGCAGAGCUGGGCUUUCUUCCUGCAUUUGGUGCCAGUCAGCUCCAGGGCUUUGGCAUUUUGGUAGCUGAGGAUAAAGAAUCUCUGAAGAAGCAGCUGCCUGCCGUCAAGAGUGAAGGAAAAAGAAAAGCAGAUGAGGUGGAUGGGACUGUGACUACAAAAAAGAAACAAAAAAAAGAAAAGGAUAAAGAAUCCAAACAGGAGAAGCUGCUGAAGGAACAGACAGAAUUGAUUUGGAACAUCAAAGAUGAACUGAGGAAAGCCUGCUCCACCAAUGACCUGAAAGAGCUGCUGAUAGCCAACAAACAGGAAGUGCCUUCCGGGGAGUCUGCUAUCUUGGACAGAGUGGCAGAUGGGAUGGCAUUUGGAGCUCUGCUUCCCUGUGAAGAGUGCAAGGGGCAGUUCAUGUUCAAGAGUGAUGCGUAUUACUGUUCAGGAGACAUUACUGCCUGGACUAAAUGUGUUGCCAAAACACAGUCUCCCAACAGGAAAGAAUGGGUUAUCCCAAAGGAAUUCCGGGAAAUCCCUUACCUAAAGAAAUUCAAGUGUAAAAAGCAGGACAGAGUAUUCCCUCCAGAGGCUGCUGUUGUGAACACUGUGCUUCCAUCUGCAGCUUCUGCUCCUUUGACAGAGGAGGCAUCUGCACCCACAGAUAAGCCAUUAUCCAACAUGAAGAUUUUGAUACUUGGAAAAUUAUCCAGGAACAAAGAAGAAAUGAAGACCACAGUUGAGGAGCUUGGAGGAAAAGUGACAGGAACUGCCAAUAAGGCCAACCUGUGUAUCAGCACACAAAAGGAAGUUGAGAAAAUGAACAAGAAGAUGGAAGAAGUGAAAGAGGCAAAAGUCCGAGUGGUUUCAGAAGAGUUUCUCAAGGAUGUGAAAUCCUCUAGCAAAGGCUUUCGGGAACUGCUGUCCGUACAUGGGCUCUCAUCCUGGGGUGCAGAGGUGAAGCAGGAGAACAUGGAGACAACUGUGGGAGGAAAGUCCAGUGGACCCCCAAAUAUGAAGAGUGCUGGAAAAGUCAAGGAAGAACAAGGGACCUGCAAGUCUGAAAAGAAAAUGAAAUUGACAGUUAAAGGAGGAGCAGCCGUAGAUCCUGAUUCUGGUUUGGAGGACUCUGCUCACGUCUUUGAAAAAGGUGGUAAAAUCUACAGCGCCACUCUUGGCUUGGUGGAUAUUGUCAAAGGAACCAAUUCCUAUUACAAGCUGCAGCUGCUAGAGGAUGACCGAGAAAUCAGGUACUGGGUGUUUAGGUCAUGGGGUCGCGUUGGCACUGUGAUUGGGAGUAACAAGCUGGAGCAGAUGCCAUCUAAAGAAGAUGCCAUUGAGCACUUUUUGAAUCUUUAUGAAGAGAAAACGGGCAAUUCCUGGCAUUCAAAGAACUUCACGAAAUAUCCAAAGAAAUUCUACCCGCUAGAAAUAGAUUAUGGACAGGAUGAAGAAGCUGUGAAGAAACUGACAGUAGGUGCCGGCACAAAGUCAAAGCUUCCUAAAUCAGUCCAGGACCUUAUCAAGAUGAUCUUUGAUGUGGAGAGCAUGAAGAAAGCCAUGGUGGAAUUUGAGAUUGACCUCCAGAAGAUGCCAUUGGGAAAGCUGAGCAAGAGACAGAUCCAGAGUGCAUAUUCCAUCCUUAAUGAUGUUCAGCAGGCAGUUUCUGGUGGCGGCACUGAUUCUCAGAUACUGGAUCUCUCCAAUCGUUUCUACACAUUGAUACCUCAUGACUUCGGGAUGAAGAAGCCACCUCUUUUAAAUAACCUAGAAUAUAUUCAGGCCAAAGUGCAGAUGUUGGACAACCUGCUUGAUAUUGAGGUUGCUUACAGCCUUCUCAGAGGUGGAAACGAGGAUGGGGAUAAAGACCCAAUUGAUGUCAACUAUGAAAAGCUCAAAACUGAAAUUAAGGUGGUUGAUAAAGAUUCAGAAGAAGCCAAGAUCAUAAAGCAAUAUGUGAAGAAUACCCAUGCUGCUACCCACAAUGCAUAUGAUCUGAAAGUUGUGGAUAUCUUCAAGAUUGAGCGCGAAGGGGAGAGUCAGCGUUACAAGCCAUUCAGACAGCUUCACAAUCGCCAGCUGCUCUGGCAUGGCUCACGUACUACCAACUUUGCUGGUAUUCUCUCGCAAGGUCUCCGAAUAGCUCCACCUGAAGCUCCUGUGACUGGCUACAUGUUCGGAAAAGGUGUCUAUUUUGCAGACAUGGUUUCCAAGAGCGCCAACUACUGUCACACAUCUCAGGCUGAUCCAGUAGGCUUAAUCUUAUUGGGAGAGGUUGCCCUUGGAAAUAUGUAUGAGCUAAAGAAUGCUUCUCACAUAACUAAGUUGCCGAAGGGGAAACAUAGCGUCAAAGGUUUGGGCAAAACUGCACCUGAUCCCACAGCCACCAUCAGUUAUGAGGGUGUAGAAGUUUCUUUGGGGAAUGGAAUGUCAACAGGAAUUAAUGAUACUUGUCUUCUGUAUAAUGAAUACAUUGUCUACGAUGUUGCUCAGGUAAACCUGAAGUACUUGCUGAAACUGAAAUUCAACUACAAGACAUCACUCUGGUGAACAAUUAUAUAGAAGCCCUGUUCUCGAGUUAUACCGUAGUUAUGCUAUAGCGCUGACUUUUGACAUGCUUAAGCAUUGACUGUCCUUUUCAAGAUAUCAAAGAACUAAGUUGCAGAAGAAGUUACUAAAUUUGAAUUUAGUAAAUCACUUUAGUGAAUUUUUUUUAUAUAUAUAAGUGUGUGGCUACACAUGGAACUGAAUUCGGAAGAGAAUGAAUAUCUGGUUCUGUCUUAUGCCACUUCUAGUUUUUCGGUUGUCAAGUGUUUCUUUUAAUUCACAGUAGACUAAAAGAUCAGGCAGAAGUGUUUUUAGCCAAGCAGAAGUGGGAUAGGAGAGAGAAAUUACAGAUGUUUAUAAACAUUUGCCCUGUUAAAAUGAAUCAUCACCCUCUUGUUUAAAAUAUUCUUUUCCAGUUUUGAUUUUGAAUAAAUGUUAAAUGUGCAUUUAUUUUGAGGUAAAAAUAAAAGCUAAUUUCAUACUAACAAC